AUGUCUCAACCCCGCAACGCCAAAGGCAAAGGCAAAGGCGGACGCGACAUGCUCGUCUCCAAAGCCCUGAGCCACCUCCUCCGGCAUGCAGCAGAAAAAGAAGGCGUCAAGAUGGAUAGCCAGGGAUACGCCAACGUGGCGGACGUGCUCGCAUGGAGAAAAAUCAAAUCGUUGCAAACCACUUUCCCGGAGAUCUUGAACGCGGUCUCUUCGUCGGAUAAGAAGCGCUUUGCGCUACUACAUAUCCCCUCCGCUGAGGUGGAACGCGAUGCCCCUGCUACGACGACAACGACAGAAUCGGUACACGAACAAGAUGCGAUUACGUUAGAUCAGAACACGGCGGUCCCUACGACUAGUGCGGCGCAGGAAACGGCUACGGCGACGGCGCUGGCUGUGCAGGAUCUGAAUCCUUCCCACUUUUUGAUUCGCGCAACCCAGGGUCACAGCAUCAAGAGCGUCGAAGCUGCGUCCCUGCUAAAGAAGAUCUCUCUAGAGGAUAAAUCGAAAUUACCGACAACAGUGGUGCAUGGAACGUUCCACGCUGCCUGGCCGGCAAUCUUGAAAUCGGGCGGACUGCGAUGUAUGGGACGCAACCAGGUGCACUUUGCGACAGGGCCAGCGCUGGAUACUGUGCUGUCUGCGCAAACCGAGGGUCAGACGCAACAAAAUGAGCCGCAGGUGAUUUCGGGGAUGCGGCGAGAUGCCCAGAUUCUGAUCUACAUCAAUAUUGAGAAAGCGCUGGCUGCCGGGUGUCCAUUCUGGCGCAGUGAGAAUGAUGUCAUCCUUAGUGAAGGGUUGUCAAGUGAUAGCGGAGACGACCAGCUCGUUCCGUUGGAGUUCUUUGACGUUGUAGUGGAGCGGAAACGGGGCAUGGGGAAGAUCUGGGAGAAUGGACAGGUACUGAAGGAGCUGCCGGCUGAUUUGACCAAGAGGAACCCCAAGGGAAAUCCCUAUGCUGCCUCCGGAUUGGGCAUCGCUGCCAAGAUGGCACAUCCCGGCGACCGUAGGCCAUGCGCAGCCAAUCACCCGGCGGUGCUGACUAUUCGACCGACCACGGGCCGAAGCGGCUUCAAACUCACCUCAACUCCAAACUCCCUCUCCAAGUCCUCAUCCCCCCCCCUCUUGACCGCCGUCAUUACAUCAACCACCUGGACAAUGUUCCUUCAACGCACAGCCUUCGCCCUUGCGAGGCGCACUCCUGCCCGGGCCUUCGCUGCUCGCCCGUUCUCCUCCUCCGUCGUCCGCUGCAACAAGGCCAAGUACGGAGUUGAGAAGGAUGGCAAGAUCCUUCCUUUCGAAGAGAUCAAGACUGAGGAUGACCUCGUUCCCCCCGGUGCCAAGUCCGGAACCGUUCCCACCGACGUUGAGCACGCCACCGGUCUCGAGCGUCUGGAACUUAUCGGAAAGAUGCAGGGCAUUGACAUCUUCGACAUGAGGCCCCUGGAUGCCUCCCGCAAGGGAACCAUUGACAACCCCAUCGUUGUCAACGGUGCUGGUGACGAGCAGUACGCCGGUUGCACUGGCUACCCUGCCGACUCUCACCAGGUCAACUGGCUGACGGUGUCCCGUGACCGUCCUCUCGAGCGCUGCGGCGAGUGUGGUAACGUCGUCAAGCUGAACUACAUCGGCCCCGAUGAGGACCCCCACGCCCACGACCACGGUCACGGCCACGGCCACCCCGCUCCCGAGGAGCCCAAGACCUUCGCUGACUACGUCAAGCCCGAGUACUGGUACCGGUAA